ACUGGUUAUUAGGCUUCCCAUGAUCAUCGAAGGAUAUAUUGCUUAUGUGUAUCCUGAAAGGAAUUCAGUCAAUUAUAAUAAACUCUAAUGACUGUUGAUCUGACAUUAUUACGUAAAAUAAAUGCACCUAACUCGAUUGAAAUCAUGAGAUUUAUGAAAGAAACGGCACACUUCCAACAGCAAAUAAUAUACAGAAAGUGCAAGUAAGCAAAAAACUGGAACCUUUCCUAGGUAAGCAAUGGCAUUUGAGGAAAUUGGACAUUAGUAUGGUAACCAGGGUUUUGGAAACAAUUGGAUCAGUCUAUAUGGUAUCUUUCCGCACAGCAGGAUACACUUCUACAAGGUCAUAAAGUGCCCUUAAAACAUGUAUAGGGUUAGCCAGAGUCCUCCAAUCAGACAACUGGAUUUCUUGUAUAUAAACAGAAUGUCGUGUCUAUAAAGGGAAUGUCCUGUCAACAGGGAACGUUGUAUAUGAGGAUGAUUAGCCUCCUUGUUCUGCUGCUGGGGUUCUCUGGCGUGACCUGCUCGUGUGAUCUUCCAGAUCCUCUGAAGGGGGGGUCUACCUGUGAGAAUUACACAGAUUCGUGUUUGUACGUACUUGAGGGGGAGGCCGUUUACAUCGCAUCAGAUUACAUCGCAUCAGAUGGUCUGGAUUCUGAUGUCAACCAGACCAUCCAAUUCACAUGGAGACGCGAGAAGGGAAACACCUCAAUCUCUUCCUCAGAGGAAGAGCGGAUCCAUCACCACGGCCCUGCCCUCCUCUUCCUCCCUAUCUACCUCAACGACAGCGAUCUCUACAUUGCCCGGUGGUUCGACAUGGCCGGGAAAUGCCAUAUCUUGUACGUACCUGUGAAAGUGGGUGCAGCCAGGGAACUUUACACACCCCUAUCCCUCUCUGAUACCAACCCCAAAAUCCCCUGUCCGGAAAUUGUCAAGCACAGAUGCAAGGCGGAGAAAGGGGUAUUCAGCUGGGACCAGAACUCCACUCUGAUGCCAGGGGAGGCAGGCGAGGACCUGCAGCUGCUGGGCGUCACCAAGGCGGACAGCGCCUUGUACACCUGUAGGUGCACCUGGAGACACAUGGAGCACAUGGCGUACAACACCACCGCCUCCCGGAAUCUGUUUGUACAGGAUAAGGUUUUUUUUUCGAACAUCCAAAUCAUCCAUCCCACCACCCAGGAGCUGAUGGUUCACCCAGGUUACCCACUGUCGAUAAAGUGUAAGGCCCUCAUUGGGACCAAUGUCUGUUCCAAAUAUCAGAAGGAAUAUCAGGGGAUGUGGGAGAAGAACAACCACAGCUUGAACAACCAUAGUAUUGACGGCUACUGGCAGAAUUUCUCAUGUAACAUGGAGGAGCCCUCUAAGAAGAGCUUUAUCACCUCCACCCUGAUUAUUGACAAGGUCCAGGAGUCCGACCUCAAAGCCUCCUUCAGGUGUCGGGCUAAAAGCCCAACGGAUGUCAAAUACCACUAUCUGACUCUCAAGCGUGCAGAAUCACUGACCAGCCUGCUGGUGGCGUUGAUGUGUGUCAGUGCUGUGUUCCUGUUAGCCACCACUGCCAUCAAAUACUUUGCUGUGGACCUAGUUCUGUUUUCCCGAAGGUUCCUGCCAUGCACCAAGGCCCGCAAUGAUGGGUUGCAGUACGACGUCUAUGUGGUGUACCAAUCUGAGAAGGUCAUGGAGGAGAUCCUGAGCCGGUUCCUGUUCCAGGCUCUGCUCCAGGUCCUGGAGCAGAAGUGUGGGUUCAGGGUCUUCAUCCACGGCCGCGACGCCAUCCCCGGAGAAGAUCGAUUGAGGCAGGUGGAGGAGCGCGUGAUGCUGAGCAGGAGGCUGAUGGUGGUGCUCACUCCAGGGUCGGAGGUCAACGAGACGCUAGGCUCCUCCCCCAGCGGUCCACCGAGCGAGGCCGUCGACUGGCAGAUAGGGCUCCACCAUGCCCUGCUCCAGGAGAUGAGGGUGAUCCUGGUGCAGCUGGGAGACAUGGGACCCCAGGGCUACACCCAUCUUUCCCCCACCCUGCAGCACCUCGUUCGCAAGUCUGCCCCCCUCUGCUGGAGGGAGGACUCCCCGGGCGCCUCCCAUUGGAACUCCCGCUUCUGGAAGAGGGUGCGCUACGCCAUGCCCUCCGCCGUGGCAAAACCCUCUUCUUCUGUGGUGUGAUGGCUGCUGGGCUGUGAUGUCAACAUGGGCUCAAGACCCACCGAUUCCAUUUCAGUUGCUUAGCCUGUUGUAAUGUACCUGUGGCAAUGCACCCAGCUAAUCCCUCUUGUUAAGCGCCCCCUGCUGACCUGAUGACAUGUUCAACGUAUUAAAACUGAAACCCAGGCUGAAUAUCAUUGAGAGCCCAUGUUAUGUCAGCUGCUAUGUUUGCUCUGUGUAGCCAUGCGUCUUUAUCCCUCCUUGCGUUUCCUUUCCUCUCUUUGAUGAUUGUUCUAAAGGGCCCCACUACACCACCAGGCGUGAGUGGGACUCGCUAUAACAAACCGUCAGAAAUUCUACCUUUUCCUGUGCCUUAGUGACAUCACUAGUGACAUCCACUUAGAUGUAUGAUCAACAUUUGCUACAGCCCACUGGGCAGGCCGAUCUAUUCGCUAGGUGGACACACCCAAGUUUGAUUUAGCUAAGGCACAGGAUAGGGCCACAUUUCUAAUGACUUGUAAUAGCUUAUCUCACUCACACGUGUUGAUAGGGGUCCUUUAAGUUUAUUUUUGAUUAAUUAUAAUGCUUUUCAGUUUUUUUUAUGUUGUUCUGAAA